GGGUGCGCGACCCGACCGAGCGGGUCGCUGAGGCGUACGAGACGUCCGUCCAGGGCACCAACGUGCUCACCACCGCUAUUCAGCAUGGUACCCACUCAGACCAGCCCUUCGACCCGUCCAUCCAUCGCCUUCAGAUGCACACGGCCAUUCACGAGGGGAAGAGGCGGGCGGACGCACAGGCCAAGGAGCGCUACGGCUACCGCCCGCCCAACCUCCCCUCCAGCUGCCCAGGGUGUGGUUCUGCCUUCACCCUCACCCAUGCCCUGGACUGCGCGAAGGGCGGGCUGGUGAUACAGCGGCACAACGAGCUGCGGGACGUGAUCGGCGACGUCGGCAGGAUGGCCUUUGGGGCAGGGAGCGUCCACAAGGAGGUGGUGUUGAAGGAGGGGGAUGGGCAGGGGAGGGAGGAGGUCAGGACGGACCUGGUGAUCCGAGGUGUGUGGGACCGCCAGAGGGAUGCAUCGUUCGACGUGUGCGUUACUAACGCUGAUGCUCCCUCUUACGGCAACCGCCCCACGCGAUCCAUCCUGGCGACGCACGAGCGCAGAAAGAAGAACAAGCAAGUGCGCGUUUGCGAGGACCUGUCCAUGACCUUCACCCCUCUGGUCGUCACCGUCGAUGGGGUGUGGGGGAAGGAGGCGGAGCACUUCUUCACCCGCUUGACUGAGCAGCUGUUGACGAGACAGGGGUGGUCAGAUAGGGGGCGAGGGCGGGUGCAUGGGUGGCUGCGUGCUCGUUUGUCUGUUGCAUUGAUGCGGGCUGCUAGCCUGUGUUUGAGGGGCGGGAGGCAGUCAUGGCGUGGUGUUGGGGCGAUGGACGGGGCUGGGGUGUUCUCAUCGGAUGAGUGAGCGUGCCCUUUGUGCAUAGGCAUAUGUGGAUAGAUUCAUGGAGGCGAUUUGGACAAGCGAGUGCAUGGAUGCCAUCUGUCAAUUAUCUCUUCCCUCGAUUGAGGUAGUAUCCACGAUUUCAUGCAUCGACCAGAGGAAAACUACGCACUUUGGCUCGCUGGUUGCUGCUGUUCAGAUGGGUUAGGCGUCUGCAGCGCUUCGACAAGGCCUCAUCUAUUUUGGCUGUGCAUUCCCCACGGCAUUCGUCUGCGGCGCCAUCCGUGUCGGCCUUAUCGAGCCCGCUCUGGGCAAAGACAAUUAUCUCUUUUCUGUGCUGAUCUUCGACGCGUUGCUGCUGCCCAUCUCGUGGCUGCUCUGCAACAAGUUGGUGGACGCCGAGAGCGUCGGCGAAGGGGCGUUGGUGGGGGUGACUGCAUUCACGCUGCUGAUGGGUGCAGAGGUGUCUAUGUGCUGGUUUGUGGACAAGAAGACGCCCGUGGAUUUCUUUCGCAAGCAGACGUCCAAUGCGGUGGAUGGGUUUCUCGGCCUGGGGAGCCAGGUGCUGUUCGCUCUCUUCCCGGUGAUGCAGGCGUAUCUGAGCGACAAGGGAGGCAAGCCGGACUAG